UAGUAAGCUAAUUAAUUAUUAUUUAGUUUUAAUUGCAAUUGGCAAAUCGAAGAUGUGGGCUGUGGUCGCGUUUUUAGCAAUAGCCGGAGUUUCGGCAAAUGCUGACACUCUUCAAGCGGUACCUGAGACAAAUGCAGAUUCCCGCAUCGUGUCAGGGUGGGAGGCCCAGGAAGGCCAGUUCCCCUACAUGAUAUGGCUGAGGACAGUCCGGUGGACUGGCGACAUCACCUCCUGUGGCGGCUCCAUCAUUCACAGGAGCUGGGGCAUGACGUCUGCUAGAUGCACUGCUCAGCGUGUUGAGAUCACCGUCCAGGCCGGCGUGAGCCUGAAGGCUCCCCGUGUGACCCUGCAUGUGACGUCAUCGUACAGGCCCCCGGAGUACGACGAUGUGCUGCAGCCCAUCACCCAGCCCAACGACAUUAGUGUUAUCAGAUUUAGUCAAGAUCUUGUCUUCGAUAACUUCAUCCAACCGAUCAGGCUGCAGAGGUCAGCUGACAUGGACCGCAACUACGAAGGUGUUAAGAUGACAACAAGCGGUUGGGGAUCCACUGAGACUUGUACAGAAUUAACGUGUCCAACACCAGACAUCCUGAACUGGGUGCAUCUAUCAGGCUGGACCAACUUCAUGUGUCUUCUAGUCUUCAACUCCAACUACUUGAUCAGGCCGACUAGCAUCUGCGCCGGCCCUUACAAUGUCACCAGUCAGUCAAUUUGUGCGGGAGACAGCGGUGUCCCUCUCACCACAAUCGAUGUCGACGGCCGUGUGACACAAAUCGGAGUUGGUUCAUUUGUUUCUAACUUCGGGUGCCAUGUUGGUUUGCCUGGAGCUUUCACUCGCCCUGGACACUACCACGCCUGGAUACGUCAGGUGACAGGAAUCAACUUUGACUGGAACCCAACAGUUGCUGAAGAGGAGCUUAAAGCGCAGGUGCCUGCUGCAGACAAUUUACAAAAGAUAAAAUACUAUUAAAAUAAAUAAUUUUUGAAGGUCAUUGACAAAAUUAAAAUAAAUAUUUAUUUUUGGAUUA